CAUUCAUUAUCAGCUAUAAGAUUGUCUGCACAAGCUGAGUCAUCGUCAUCAGAAAAACGCCAGGAUACUACUGAAAAGCUAGACUCUGAAACCACUGACAAAGACGACGCCUCCGGAGCUGAGAUGGUAGGUGCAGACACUCUUCAGACAAACCACACUGAGACAAUAUCGGAAGCGAUUGACACAACACCAAAUGUCGAACAGACACAACCGGCGUCACACAGUACCGACAGGCGACAGCCAGUCCCAACAAGAGACACGCGCGAAGUCAGAGUUUAUACGGACUCUAUCUGGAAAGCAGUGGACACUUCUAGAAUGUUUCCAAACCGCUCCACCAGUAAGGAACAUGCAUCAACAAUAGACCACGCGACUAAGAAGAUGGAACGGGUGAGCGACCCUAAAACGACGUAUGUCAUACUACACGUGGCUUCAAACGACCUGGAUAAUAGCCAGAGAGACACCUCCUCUGUACAAGACUGUCUCGAUAAAACAACAGAGCUUAUCUCAUGCGCCAAGACAUCUUUCCCCAAUGCCACAAUCGUCCUAUCACAAGUACUCCCCAGAGGACACAACAUGGACUCAAACUUAAACAAAAACAUUAAGGACUACAACCAGGCCGUUCUGCAACGAAGCAAGGAUGACAGUAAGACUCUGUAUGUCCGCCACAAGAAACUAUCCACAACACGACAGCUCUACAAACGUGAUGGAAUCCACCUGGACGACACGACGGGGACCAGCCUGCUGGUUGCAGAUUUAAAGCGCACCAUGCGUUCUGCCGAGAACAGGUCCACUUACAGUGGCAGCGGCACUUACACACCUCCCGACACAUCAGCAAGGGAGCGCCAGGGGCCACGACAAAGACAGGAUCGCCAGUACCACAACGCUCGAACGCCUCAGCACCAGAGCCAGGACAGGCCCACAGGACCUCGCCAUGAUGCUGGAAGCUACCCACUAGGUGACUGGAGCCGCCGCCCGAACCUACACGCGUCCCAGAUUCCACAACAGAAAAUCAUGGACAUAGCGUACAAACUGUCCGAGAUGCUGAUGAACAUUUGAGCUACAUAUGGGAAACAAUGGCACCGUCCAUCGAAGGGAAGUCUUACUUUAUUAUGUCCUAAUAUCCCAAUAUGAGCAUGUUAUGUUUUCUUAAAAGAUGAAAUAGUGUACGACCGGUACGUACUCAUCUAUAAGUUCAAAAGAUAAUUACCUUUAAAUUCUAUAGCAUUAGCAGCACUUGAAAUUGCUCUUGACAUUCUUUUCUUUUCGGUAGUCUUUUAUGGUUGUUGAUGUGGCCCUAAGUUUGGCCAGCUGGAACAUUCAAGGUAGUCUUUCUAGAAAAUGUGUAGAAUUAGAUUUCUUAGAAGUUGUAUGUAGAUAUGAUAUAGUUUGUGUUCAGGAAACUUGGUUAAAGCCCGAUGAUACUUUUCAUAUCAAUGGAUACCAACACAUUCGUAGCGACCGUAAACUCAGGAAGCGCUCCUGACG